AUGUCAGAGGUAAACGAGUAUGCUCCUCUAUAUGCUCCAUUCUUUGGUUUCGCAGGUUGUGCUUUCGCAAUGAUCCUAUCUUGUUUAGGUGCUGCUAUAGGUACUGCUAAAUCAGGUAUAGGUAUCGCAGGUAUAGGUACUUUCAAACCAGAACUAUUGAUGAAAUCUCUGAUCCCAGUCGUCAUGAGUGGUAUCUUGGCUAUUUACGGUUUGGUCGUGGCUGUAUUGAUUGCUGGCUCUUUAAAUCCUGCCCAAGAUUAUACUUUAUUCAACGGUUUCAUGCAUUUGAGUUGUGGUCUAUGUGUGGGGUUCGCAUGUUUAAGCAGUGGUUACGCCAUCGGUAUAGUGGGAGAUAUAGGUGUGAGGAAAUUCAUGCACCAACAAAGACUUUUUGUAGGUAUCGUACUGAUCCUUAUCUUUUCAGAAGUUUUAGGCCUUUACGGUAUGAUCGUCGCAUUGAUAUUGAACACAAAAGGUUCCGAAAAAUAA